UGAUCAAAGCAUGAUUUUUAAGACGGAGAGCACGUGAAGAUAACCCGGAUGGCCUAACGAAAAGCUACCAGGUAAGGCUAGGCCGCUCACUAUCUUUCGGCAUCGAGAAGAUACUUGUGUGCAUAUUAUUCCUUCACCCCCUCUCUUAUAACUUCAUCUUGGACCCAAUCUCUUCACCAGAUCUUUUCUCCUUCAAACUUCACACACACUCUCACAUUAUCACCCCGAGAUAGUUUAAUUAUACUUCUCAAAGGUACAUAUUCAUCCAACAUGGACAUUCUACAACUAGCCUUACCAACAUCUCUUGAUGAAGCCCGAAUCAAGACCCUCCCUUCCAAAGCUUUUUAUAUUCCUAAUUUUCUUACGGAGGAGGAAGAACAAAUAUUAUUGCAGAAAAUUGCCACAGCCCCAAAACCACGAUGGAAGCAUUUAACUCAUCGUCGUCUUCAGACUUGGCCCUCUGAUUUGACCAAGAAUACUCUAUUGGAUGCGCCUCUGCCCAAAUGGCUAACAGAUCCCGUUGUCUCUCGACUUCUCUCCUUACCUAUCUCUCACGAAACUGGAACACGUCAUAUUUUUAGUGAUAGUCCCCAUGAGCGUCCGAAUCAUGUCCUAAUCAAUGAAUAUCUGCCAAAGCAGGGAAUUAUGCCACAUAAGGAUGGAGCCGCCUAUCAUCCAGUCGUCUGCACUGUAAGCUUAGGCGCAAGCCUGUGCUUGAAUAUCUAUGGAGACAAAGACGAUGGAACAAGAGAAGAGCAGCCAAGGUGGAGGAUUUUCCAGGAGCCAAGGAGUUUGUUGAUCACAACAGAUGAAUUAUAUACAAAUUACUACCAUGGAAUAUCCGAGACGGAAGCAGAAAUUGACCUAAAUUCCACAACAGUCGCAAACUGGGAUCUCUUGCGGUCUAAAGAUAAAAUUAUUGAUGGUAGAUAUGAAAGACAGGAGCGAACUAGCCUUACGUAUCGGGACGUACUCAAGGUAUCGAAAUUAGGUUCAAAGUUGGGGAUAUUCGGCAAACGCUGAGAGACCUAAUCUUACAAUAUGGUAUCGAUUUCCGUUUCUGCUUCCAACUAUCUAAACCAAACUCUGAAGAGAGCAUUUUAGUAUAAAUAUGGUAUCAUUUUCCAUCUACCCUUUACACUAUCUACACCAAACUUUGUGGUAUACCAUUUCCUUGUUGAAUCUGCAGUCACUCCAAGGUUUGAUAUUACAAAACACAACCCUGCCAAUAUGGUUCUGUUCAGGAACUGUCCCUGAGGCGCGGCUGCAAUGGCAAUUGCAAUAUACAGCAAGCAUUCGCUAGUGUAAUGAGGGCAAACGAUGUGGCGAAAGAAUGGGUUCGAGGGAAGAGUAUACUUCUUCAAGCUUGCCAAGUGCUUGUGGCACUCAUGCUGACAGACAGAUGCAAUCACAAAUAGAGGUACUGCCAUACAAGUCUUCAAAGAGGGCUGUGAGAUGUCUAUCGAACCUAGUGGAUCUGUGGUCGCAUCAAGUAUGGCUUAGGUAGUUAGUCACUAAUGGAAAGAAUUACGAGAUUACAUU